CCCGGUAUUUUUAUCCCUUUGGCUGCGUGUGUCUUUUAUUCACUGUUCCGCAGUAUUUCUGGGCCAAGUUGAAAAAUCUGCGAGGAGGGCUGGUGAUAGAAAGGCUGGCUGAUCCCUGCUGUGUUAAGCUGUACAGGAAGACGCUGAAGCGUUGAACACAUUGGUUAGUUCUUUGCUUAUAUUAACAAAAAGUCUUUUGACUUUUUAGUCCCAGCUUAAGCAAAUGAACGAACGAGAAAGAGCCUCAUCUCCUCCGAUGCAUAGGGAUGUUGUAUUUCACCUUGAGAACGUGCUGGAAGCAAGUCUGUACCAGGAGCAGCUUUUGAAUGACAUGCAUAUACUGAAAAAUUGACUGAAUGGAAGGUUAAGGAAACUGUGGUAACGUACCCAGCGAAGGUACUGAUAUUGUACUAGUCUUGCUCCUCUACUUCGAGUCAGCAUGUCGAAGAAAUCAGAGGCCCCGCUUGCCUUGUCUGACUGCCUCUGCCAAAUCUGCAUGGAGGUCUUGGUGGAGCCCGUGACGCUGCCAUGCAACCAUACCCUCUGUAAUUCCUGUUUCCAGCUGACCGUUGAAAAGGCCAGUCUUUGUUGCCCUUUUUGUCGGCGUCGAGUCUCUUCCUGGGCACGAUACAAUGCCCGCAGAAAUACUCUGAUCAACUGGGAACUCUGGGAAAAGAUUCAGAAGAAUUACCCGAAGGAGUGCGAGCGUAGGAUUAACGGACAGGAUUUGGAAGAGGAAAUUUUUGUCCCCCAUCCACAACACCAGCUGAGCAAGCCUGGGGAACUGAGGCAGGAAUAUGAAGCAGAGAUUAGCAAGGUGGAGGCAGAAAGGCGAGCACAUGAACAAGAGGAGAACAAGGCAAGUGAGGAAUACAUUCAACGGCUGCUAGCUGAAGAGGAGGAGGAGCAGAGACUGGCAGAAGAGAGACGGAGGGAGAUGGAGAAACAGCUGAAACAAGAUGAAGAGUUGGCCUGGCAGCUGAGCAACAGUCUGAAUGAUGAUUCCAAAGGACGUGUGCUCAGCAGCCCUUUGCCAGCAGACAGUCUCUCAUCUGAAACAUCCCCAGCUCAUUUGUACAAGACAAAGAACAAAGCAAGCAACUCUGGAGACAUUCAGAAGUAUCUGUCUCCAAAGCUUCAUUGUGCAUCGGGAUCAGCAUCAUUCUCUAGAACAACAGAAAGAGGCAGGAGUGACUCUGGCUGUGUGGAGGCCAGCAGCAAUGAAGUCAGCAGUUCUGCUUGGCAAGAUGAGCAAGAGGAAAUACCAACCCUGUCUCCACAGCUGACGGAUGUAAUUAAAGAUUCCAGUGCUAAGGAUUCGUUUUUGGAAGCAUGCAUGAACUAUUUCAGUGCCUUGGCUUCAGGGGAAACCGCCACUGUCAAGCAGGAAAGAACACCAGGACCAGAUUGUCUAGGAGAUGAAGUUCCAGAUGCUCUUCAUGGAGGCACAAAAGGGGAAGGGUCUAGAACAGUUCUUCGUAGACCCAAAGGAGAUGAUGGAGUUGAGUCAGACAGUGGCAGUGUAACACAUGUGGAAAGCAUAGACCCUGAAAACUGUAAUGAAACUUAUACCUGUAUUCAGUCAGCAACAAAUUCUGUGAUGUCUGACAGCGAAAGUGUAAUUUGUGAUCUCACGAAGGUGGCUAGACACUCAGAUGGAGAGAAACCAGAGGGGCUGCAGAACACUAAGGAGACUCCCAAAAGAAAGUCGCUGGAUCCACCAGCUGAAGAAGCAGUGGGUGACUUGUGCGUGCUUGAUAAGAGGAGAAGAACUUUUCCGGAAAGUUUAGAGGACCAAAGGGAGCAGAUAAAUGAUUUUAACUUGCAAAUGCAGAAAGCAUUUGAGCAGGAGUUCUAUGAAAGGCGUAUGCAAGAGGAGCAGGACAGGCUUCUGGCUCUGCAGCUACAAAAACAGAUCAAUAAGGAGGAAAGAACACUUAAUCGACAAAAGGGCUCUCCAGAUGAGUACCUUCUUCGCACCAAACCGCCUCAGUCUGGGAAAGACUCUCCUGCUAGAAAGAGAAGUUCUAAGAUGGCAAAAGACUCAAAGGUACCAAAAAAACAGGCUGAAACAAAUCACCGCAAGACUCGGAAAGGUUCUUGCAAUGAAAACUGGCAGUCCCCUACCAGAGUCCGAAUGAAAUCGCCCAGCAUCAAGGGAGGAAAAGUUUUGAAUUGUGUGGUUAAUACCAGCGACACAAAUGAUAUUUGUUCGCUACCCAAGAAUACGCAAAAGACGAUCCUUCAGAUGUUUAAAAGCUCUGUUGCGGAGUAGAUCAACAGAACCACUGACACAUGGUGGAAUGAGAAUUAAAACCAUGGUAAUGCUUUCUCCUAUGUUAACCAAAGUUUUCUGUAAACAGUUUUAAAGUUGUUGGUUUUGAGGGCGUUUGGUUUGAGUCACAAAGUUGUGUGUUCUGAGUUUUGGUAGCAUACAACCCCAGACUUUAAAAAAUUUUAAUUGGUCUUCCUUGACUACAGCUUAUUUUCUAGCACUUGCAUUUACAUAAUAUUGAAUGUGAAUGCUGUUAGUGUUUAAAAUCCAAAAUAACUGAGGGUCUUAUCUUAGAAUUUGGAGCCUGUUAUGGAAAGGAUGCACAUUCCAUGGAGGAAACAAGCAA